UUUUGUUCCGAAAGAUUAUUGUAAUACAAACAAUUUCCUGUAGUUGCCGCGUUACUUGGAGAGAUACCUCACGCAUUUUCCUGUGGUGUUACUUUACAGCCAUAAGCACGCGCUAAGCCCCGCCCCUUCUGUCCAUAACGGAAUUCAGAACUUAACCUCCGAGGCAAGAGCAGUUACACCGAAACGGGGGUUUUGUUGUUUCUCUUCAAACAACUUACCUCUGAUGGUGUUUAAAAUUUCAAAAAACUGUUCAAGUUGUUCAGAGUGGACUUCAGCUGGGUUGUAAACUCAGCGAAAGGAAAAACGACCGGUUUUCCGGCGUUAUAGACUUUUAGAAAAGUUAUUUUCCAAGUCACCGAAGACUAGACAGACGGGAGCAGAGCGGUUCGUCGUUUUCAUCUUAUUCAUCUGUACCAUCGGGCUUUCCAAGUGUGCUCACUUCAUCUAGAGCCAUGAAUUCAUGGCUAUUGUUAAGUUUGUUGUUCGUCUGUAUAUCAAGUUUCACGUCAGCUCAAAAUGUUAAUGAGCCCCCACCCCGUGAAUGUGGCAGUAACUGUAGCUCCAAUAAUGGCUGUAAAUGUAUAGGAGAGAAAGGCAAUCGGGGUAUCCAUGGUGAUAUUGGUCCCCGGGGUCCCCAAGGUAACCAAGGCUAUGCUGGUGUAGAAGGACUACCUGGCCCCAAGGGCGAUCAAGGUAUAACGGGUAGAAGUGGACCUGGUGGACCAAAAGGAAACAGAGGAAAGAUGGGAAUGCCUGGCUUCCCAGGUAUCAAUGGAAUUCCAGGUAUCCCUGGACCAAUGGGACCUCGCGGAGCACCCGGUAUGGACGGCUGUAAUGGAACAUCGGGAGAGGCUGGACUGCCAGGUUUGCCCGGUAGCACAGGUCCAGUAGGACCCCCUGGAUUUUCCGGUUUAAAGGGACAGAAGGGAGAAGCCUCAGUUGAUGGAUUUGGACAGACAGGACAGAAGGGAGAACCAGGACGAGAAGGAUUCCCAGGUCCCCAGGGACCACCUGGAGAGGACGGUACCCCUGGUACGAAAGGAAGUGAUGGACGUGAUGGUCAACCGGGUUUAUCGGGCUUACCUGGAGCUAAGGGAGAGAAAGGCAACCCAGGUAUCGUUUUCAAUGGAAUUCAGGGAGAAAGAGGUCCAAGAGGAGUGCCAGGACCCCCAGGUAUUCCAGGGGACAGCAGGGAACCACUGGAGGGUCCCAAAGGUACCAACAUUGGGCCCAAGGGUGAGCCAGGAUUGCCUGGACUUGAUGGUGAAUCAGGAGUGGUUGGACCGAAGGGCUUCAGGGGUGCAUCUGGCCGUGAUGGUAUGAAGGGGAUGAUUGGCAUGAAGGGAGAAAAGGGCGUUCCUGGCAUUGCAGGACCUAGGGGUAAACAAGGACUACCGGGUCUACCGGGACUUCCUGGGCUGAAGGGUGACCAUGGUAUGGAUGGUCUGCCUGGUCUGAACGGUCUUAGUGGUGAGAAGGGAGAAUCGGGUCUGGAUGGUUUAAAGGGAGAGAGCGGUCCAGUCGGACCUCCUGGGCCAGCUGGGGGAAUUGGUGGAGAUGGUCCUGAAGGCCCCAAAGGAGACAGAGGCCCACCAGGACCUCGUGGUUUCCGUGGUGAUGAUGGAAGAUCAGGACUUCCUGGUCCGUCUGGACCCAUUGGUCCUGCCGGUGGAUCUGGUAUCCCAGGCCCUCCAGGUCCCCAGGGAGCUGAUGGCAGGAAAGGAGAAAGAGGAAGACAGGGAAAUGAUGGAUUACCUGGUAUUGAUGGUGUGCCAGGACGACCAGGUGUGCCAGGCGAGACUGGAGAAGUGGGAAGGAAGGGAGAGCCAGGUCAGAGCAUCCCAGGUUUGGAUGGACCCAUGGGACCUUCAGGACGUGAUGGUAUACCAGGAGCGAAGGGAACCCAGGGCUUCCAGGGACCACCAGGUCUUCCUGGAAACUCAACAAUGGGACGUUCUGGAUUACCAGGACUAAAGGGAAACACCGGAAUGAAGGGUUUUCCAGGUCUUAACGGACGUAACGGUCUGCCAGGUCUACCGGGAAUGAAGGGUGACAGGGGUGGGUCGUGUAGUCAGUGCAUGCCUGGAAUGAAAGGUGACAAGGGAUCAUCUGGUCUCAAUGGACUCCCAGGAACUUCUGGUCGCCGUGGAAUCACCGGAGAAACAGGAGAACGGGGCGUCCCUGGUGAGGAUGGAGCCCCUGGAAUCCCAGGACAAUCUGGUGAAAUUGGAAACCGAGGUCUUCCUGGGUUUGGUGGAAUGAAAGGAGAGAAGGGAGAGCGACCUGACACUCUUAUUAACUGUGAGAAAGGAAACCAAGGUCCAAAUGGUAGAGAUGGAAUGAAAGGAUUCCCUGGUCUUCCUGGUCCUACUGGCCCUGCUGGAAUCUCCGGACUGCCCGGUGUGAAGGGAGACAAGGGUGAUAGUGGCUUCCCAGGACAGCCUGGUCAGUCAGGAUUAUCAGGAAUGAAAGGUGAAAGAGGACUCAAUGGAGAGUCAGGAUUUGGAUCAGCUGGACAAAAGGGUGCGCGUGGAUUCCCAGGAGAUAACGGUCUUCCCGGUCUCCGUGGGUUAGCAGGACAAAAAGGAGUUCCAGGUGAAUCAAUUGCCAUUAACCCUGAAAAUUUGAAGGGACUUAAGGGAGACCAAGGACUUCCUGGAGUUCCCGGCUACCCUGGACAAGAUGGACUUCCUGGAAUGAAAGGAGAGAGAGGACCUGGUGGACUGCCUGGAUUGAACGGUAUUCCUGGUAUGAAGGGAAGUGCUGGUCUUGACGGACUUCCAGGAGCCAGUGGACCAAGGGGACUGCCCGGUGCCCGAGGUGAACCUGGUCCAAUAGGUCCAUCUGGACUACCUGGAUUCGAUGGACCAAAAGGAGAUUCUGGACUUCCAGGUCUUAAUGGAGUAAAGGGUGAACGUGGUCAAUCUGGUAUCCCUGGCAACGCUUUGGAAGGACGUAAAGGAGAACCUGGACGUAACGGCAUUCCUGGGGAGAGAGGUCAGGCAGGAGGCCCUGGAGCACCAGGUCUGCAGGGACUGGCAGGACUUCCGGGAAUGAAGGGCAAUUCUGGUUCCCCAGGACUACCUGGUAUGGACGGAUUUCCUGGACUGAAGGGAGACAGGGGACAAGAUGGAAUUCCAGGAGAGAGGGGACAGACUGGACCGGAAGGAUUACCUGGCCUUCCAGGUGAGCUGGGACUGAAGGGGGCCGCAGGAUUGCCAGGUGUCAAUGGACUUCCAGGCCAGAAAGGUCAGGCUGGAGUGGAUGGUUCACCAGGUCAGGCAGGUCUAUCAGGUCUAGAUGGUCCUCAGGGACCCCCAGGACAAGCAGGUGGUGACGGACUCCCGGGACUACCAGGAGCUAAGGGAGAGAUGGGCGUGGUUGGUUUCCCGGGAGAGCCUGGCCGUGACGGCAUUAAUGGUUUACCGGGAAGCAAGGGAAGCAAAGGAUUUGCUGGAGCGGCUGGCGUUCCAGGAGCGGCUGGGGAGCCAGGUCGUCCUGGAUUCAAGGGAGACUCAGGUGUUCCCGGAUUUCCUGGUUUGGAUGGUGCCCCUGGUGAGGAUGGAGCUUCUGGUAGGAAAGGAGACCGAGGACAAGCAGGAGAGUCUGGCCUUGUCGGAGAACCUGGUCGAAAUGGUUUGAAUGGAAUUCCUGGGGAGAAGGGAGAAGCUGGAUUCCCAGGGGUUGGUUUACCAGGCCAGGAUGGACUUCCUGGAGAGGCUGGGCUCCCAGGAGAACCAGGGCGUGAGGGACCUUUUGGCGACAAAGGAGAUGAAGGCAUGCCAGGUUUCCCAGGAAUGAAGGGAGACAAGGGAUCUUCGGGAUUACCAGGAAUUCAGGGAACACCUGGACAGAACGGCCUACCAGGAAUGAAAGGUGAUUCGGGACUGAAUGGUUUGUCUGGUCUGCCAGGAAGUAAGGGAUCUAAGGGAAAUGCUGGCUUUGCUGGUAUCCCUGGAGCUGCUGGGCGUACGGGACCACCUGGGCCUGCAGGACCCCCAGGCUUCCCUGGUCUUAAGGGUGAACGAGGUAUUGUUGGAGAGCCUGGCCGUGAAGGAAAUCCCGGGGUACCUGGACAGAAAGGAAACCCAGGUCUUGCUGGUUUUGACGGACGUCCUGGACAAAAGGGACAGGAGGGUUUGUCUGGAAUUCCUGGUGUCAAAGGAGACAAAGGAGACCGGGGUCUGCAAGGAAUCAACGGGCGUCCAGGUCUACCAGGCAUCAAGGGAGAAACAGGUGUGAGUGGACGGCCAGGUGUUAAGGGUGAGUCUGGACGCUCGGCCGCAGGUAUCAAGGGAGACCAGGGACCAAGAGGACCCUCAGGACUUAAUGGCCUGUCUGGAAUGAAGGGAGAAUCAGGAAUUGGUGGUCGUGACGGACUACCGGGCAUGAAGGGAGAUCGUGGAGAGGACGGCAUUGGACUUCCUGGAGCUAAGGGAGAGCCAGGAUUUCCAGGUGUUCCAGGACAGCCAGGAACUCGAGGACAACCAGGAGAGGAUGGUGCGCCUGGAAUUCCUGGUGCCAAGGGUAGUGUUGGUGAACGAGGCUUCCCCGGCCUACCGGGAAUGAAAGGAAACAUUGGACCAAGUGGUCCACGAGGUGAGCCCGGUGUUCCAGGAGCAUUUGGACUGAAGGGAAAUCCCGGCGAACCAGGACAAUCCGGAUUCCCCGGAACUCCAGGCUUGAAGGGAGAACAGGGACGCACUGGUUUCCCAGGAGCAUCUGGUGAAAGAGGUCUUCAAGGGUUUAAUGGUACCAAGGGAGAACGUGGACCACCGCCAAACAUCCCUCCCCGACUGCUGCAGCCAGGUCCCAAGGGAGACAAGGGAAACUCAGGCCAGAAUGGACUACCCGGCUCGGACGGUGUUCCUGGAGAGCCAGGAUUGAUGGGAUUCAAGGGAGAAAGAGGGCCAAGAGGAGAAGAUGGGCUCAAUGGCUUCCCAGGCCAGAAGGGUGAUGCUGGGUCCCGAGGAUUCCCAGGAGCCAGAGGAAAUGAUGGACUCCCUGGACCCCGCGGGCCCGAGGGACCUGUCGGAGAGCCCGGUCUGCCUGGUCUGACACCUCCAUCAGGCUUUAUGAUGGUGAGACACAGUCAGACUAUUGAUACACCCCAGUGUCCCCUAGGUCUGACUCCACUGUGGACAGGCUACAGCUUGUUAUACAUUGAAGGAAACGAGCGCUCACAACAUCAAGAUCUCGGUCUGGCUGGAUCCUGUAUGAGAAGAUUCAGUACCAUGCCAUUCCUCUUCUGUAAUACGAACAAUGUUUGUAACUACGCCAGCCGUAACGACAAAUCCUAUUGGCUGGCCACCAACGCUAACCUUCCCAUGAUGCCAGUGGGUGGGCGGGAACUAUCAGAGUACAUCAGUAGAUGUGUGGUGUGUGAUGCUCCGUCCAAUAUCAUCGCCGUCCACAGCCAGACACUCAGCAUACCAGACUGCCCCACUGGCUGGAACGGUCUCUGGAUUGGAUACAGCUUUGCCAUGCACACUGGAGCUGGCCCGAGUGGUGGUGGACAGUCCCUAUCCAGCCCAGGAAGUUGUUUGGAGGACUUCAGAGCCACACCUUUCAUUGAGUGUAAUGGUGCCCAGGGCACCUGUCACUUCUACGCCAACAAAUUCAGCUUCUGGCUUACCACCAUAGACAGAAACGAAGAAUUUUCAAAACCCCAGCAAAUGACACUUAAGGCCGGGUCUCUGAGGACCCGGGUCAGUCGAUGCCAAGUCUGUAUGAAGUUAGUGUAGGCCUUAUUUGAGACUUAAAAUUAAUGGAUGUUAGUAAUAUUUUUAAUCUUUGGAAAAAACUCUUUUAAGCAGCUUACGUUGAUCAUGAUGAAAUGUUUACUUGUACAAUUAUGAUUAAAUGCUGAAUGCGGUUGUGUUCACUACUUCGUGCGUUCGCUGGUAAAACCAAAAUGUGCCUUAUAACCAGUCAUUGGUUUUAAUAAGGGGGUGCCUUUACUCUAAUAUUUUUGUAAACAUUGUCGAAGCAUAAAUUUUAAUUGAAAUGCAAGUUUAUAUGAGAAUAUCAUAAUUUGUCUGUUUAUGUUGUAUUUGUGUGUACAUGUAGCUGUUUUUGUUGGGGUGGGAGGGAGGGGCUACUUAUGUUCGAGGAUUUCACUAUUACCUUAUAUGGGGGGAAACUUGCUCAUAUGGAGGUAGGGAAACAUCAAUAACUGGAAACCUCAAUAAAGUGUACUGCAGAGUGAUAUGUAAACCAGGUGAGAUUUGAGACCUGCCAAAGAUUUCACACAUGUAGGUCAGCUUACCAAGGUAAUUAGUCGCAUCUUUUAGACAUCUUUAUCAAAGAUUUUCAACACACUGUUAAAUGUCUGCUUGCCCCAAUAAACAAUGGUAUUUACUAGACUGUCUUAACCCUUUCACGGUUUCACCCCUAGGUAACUUAAGUAGAAUCUACCAUACAUUUAUCUGGGCGAGUCAAUUCUGGUCUACAUUGGUGAAAGGGUAUCAUGGUCUCUGGUCUCUAUACAGUGCAAUAGUCUUUCUAUUGCGGUUUAUGUAAUCAGUGUAAUAUUGAAACAUCUAUGCAGUUUUACAUGUUAGGGUGUUUCUACCAACACUCAAGAAAUGUUAGUG